GACGAGCUCCAAGCGGAAACAGCACGAUCCAACACAGAAUGGCUUGAUGGACUCGGGAAUAAUACCAAACUCGCCCGACCGCGGUUCGCAGUUGUGGCGCACAGAACACCAACAGAGGGCUUUCUGACACCAGAGGACGAGAAUGCCUUCAUCGGCAGCCUCAUGGAAGAGAACAAAAUGGAACUAUACGGCUUCCGCAUUAACCGGAUCGCCUGGCUCAAACCAAGGGACAAACCGAUAGGCAAACACGGAUCGCUGGCUAUCUGGUUCGACACCCGCGAGGCGGCGGAGUGGACCAUGGACAACGGCCUCCUAGUGGGACAACGAUGUAUCGGGGUGACACCAUACCAAUUUAAGGAGAGAAGAUGCUACCGGUGCCAAGGGUUUGGCCAUCUCGCCUGGGCGUGCAGAGAAAAAGCGAGAUGUGGACACUGCGCAGGCGAGCAUGAGCUCCGGCAUUGCCCGCCUGGGGCGAGAGCCCGGUGUCUGGAUUGCACAGGUGAACACCCAACCAACGAUCGGAGCUGUCCUAACCCGGCCAAGCUCACCAACUCCCAAUGA